AUGGGCUACACAAUAGUGAAGAUGGACUACACAAUAGUGAAGAUGGGCUACACAAUAGUGAAAAUGGGCUACACAAUAGUAAAGAUGGGCUACACAAUAGUGAAGAUGGACUAUACUAAAAUGAAGAUAAUUUACACUAGACCGAAGCCGCCUCCACCUGAUAAGGCCGUAUUAGUGUGGUUGCUGGUAGCCGCUGCGGACGCCGCCCCUCAUGGCUACGGAACCUCAGGCGGUUCUGGGGGCGGCUGUGGUGGGGGACAAGUACGUCAUGUAGAUGGCAGCUGUGUGACUCCCCUGGUCACCCGCAACUUGUUUGUGUACAGUGCUCCCGACUUGGCCCCGGUCAUUGGUCCACGACCGUACAUUCCUCCACCAACAGUUGAACACAAUAUUUUGUUCAUUCGCGCCCCAGAAAGCGGUCCAGGCCCUGAACCCAUUGUCGUGCCACCACCUCAACAGAAAAACACACUAUACGUCCUCGGCAAGCGACCCGCAUACAAUCAGCAAAUCAUCCAAGUACCAGCACCAGAACAAGAGAGUCCUGACGUAUACUUCGUCAACUAUGGUGACGGAGACAACCCUUCGCUGCCCACAGGAGAAGACCUGCAGUCUGCCCUCCGCUCUGCUGCCCAAGGUGGUGGUACAGUGAUUGGCGGCAGUGGCGGUGGUGGCGGUGGUGGUGGUGGAUAUGGAAACGGUGGCGGCUUUGGUGGAGGUGGUAGCAUUGUGGGAGGCGGCGGUGGUGACUUUCUGGGAGGCGGUGGUGGUGGUGGAUAUUCAGGGGGAAUUCCUCCCCCCGUACCUCAGCCGCCAUCAUUAUAUUUGCCACCUUAAGGUCAGAAGCCUUUAUUGAAGAUAAAAGUUUUCAUUUUCAUAAAUUGUUUUCCAAUCGUUAGUCGCGAGGAGAUAUAAAUGUUAUAUAUAUUUUAAUUUUGUUAAAACUGCAUAAUAAAACCAUUAUAAUACAUAACCUAAAA